AUGCCGUCAAGAGCACGGGAUUCUCCAGGCCGCCAAUGGGCAAUACUGCUCAUCGGCACCCUAAGCUGGUUGGCGGCUGCGGUGCUUGCUCAAGCUCCGCCCUCCACGUACUUGCGGACGCCGUCCUGGCGACAACUCGACUGGCAGCGGCUAGAACUCUACGCCUUCAUACACUUUGGGCACAACACAUUCACUGACGAAGAGUGGGGGCGCAGCCAGAGCACGCCUGAUGUUUUCAGUCCGACGGCGCUGGAUACAGACCAGUGGGCGAAAACCUUCGCCGACGCCGGCAUGGCAGGCAUGAUCCUGACGGCGAAACACCACGACGGCAUGGCGCUAUGGGAGACGAACACGACCACAUACCAGAUCGGCAGCGGGGCGUGGGCACGAGACCGAGUCGAGCAGGGCCUCGAUGCCGACUUGGCGCGCAUGGCGGCCGCCUCUGCGAAGAAGCACGGCCUUCGCUUCGGCAUCUACCUGUCGCCGUGGGACAUCCACCGCGACGCGGCGUUGCCAAAGGCGCACCUGGCCGGCACGCCCAACGACGAGCCGCAGAUCUUCGGUGACGACAGCCCGGGCGACUACAACGCGUUCUACGCGCAGCAGCUUACGGAGCUGGUCUCGAUGCGGCUGGACGACGGCUCGGCCGUCGAGCUGUCCGGGUCCGACACGGUGCAGACGUUCAACUGGACGUUGUUUCGCGAUAUCAUCCGCGAAUACCAGCCCAACGCGGUCAUGUGGGGCCACCAGGGCGUCGAUGCCCGCUGGGUCGGCAACGAGGACGGGUGGACGGUGGCUACGAACUGGCACUCCAUCAACCGGACCCAGGACGAUGAGCGCUACAGUGAGGGCGAGCUGCAGACUGGGGUGCGAGGCGGAACGUACUGGACGCCUGCCGAAGCUGACGCGCGCCUGCGGGAUGGCUGGUUCUACCACGCCAACGAGACAUCAAAGACGGCCGAUGCCCUGUUGGAGAUGUACCUGAGCUGGGUGGGACGGAGCGUGAACCUCUUGCUCGACGUCCCUCCUGACACGACGGGGCAGAUCCCGGCCGCUGACGUGGACAUAUUUUUGGAUUUCAGGGCUCAGCGUGAUGCAUUUCUCAACCGCGAGCUGCUCACGUCGUCCAUUGCCGUCAAUGCGAGCAGCAUUCGCGGCGGCAAUUCCGCGCUUUACGGACCAUCCAAUGUGCUUGACGGCGACGGCGAUACGUACUAG